AACAAAAAUCAUUAACAUUGGCUGCUCUUGCUAAUGCAACACCAUUAGAGCAAAAACAAAUGUUAGGUGAACGUUUAUUUCCAUUGAUUCAACAAAUUCAACUAGAAUUAGUUGGUAAAAUAACUGGUAUGCUCAUAGAAAUUGAUAAUACUGAACUUCUUUAUAUGCUCGAAUCAAGUGAAUUACUUAAAGCUAAAGUUGAAGAAGCUAUUGCUAUACUUCAAACAUAUCAAGCUAAACAAGCAGUAACUAAUUCUGUUGCUCAAAAAAAAUCAAAUAUCAUCAUUUAA